CUGAGGGGUCAUCCGGAAAAAGGCAGCGCGUGUGCUGCAAACCUGAUCGACAGCAUCUGUAGGGGACAGGUCUGAGCAGGACAUGCGUGAUAGCCAUGGGGGACGAGGAAGAGGAAGAUUACAUGUCUGAUUUAUUUAUUAAGGAGGAUGUGAGGCCGGGGGUGCCCAUGGUGCGGCGCGUGAGAGAAGCUCUUCAGAAAGAGGAAAAGCAAAAAGAAGCCAACGAGAAGAACAGGCAGAAGAGUGUGAAAGAAGAAGAGAAAGAGCGACGCGACUUGGUGCUGAGCAGCGCGAUAGGCAAUGAGAACAAAGGCUUCGCCUUGCUUCAGAAAAUGGGCUACAAGAGUGGCCAGGCCCUGGGCAAAAGCGGAGAAGGCAUUGUUGAACCUAUUCCUCUAAACAUAAAAACAGGCAGAAGUGGACUUGGUCAUGAGGAGUUCAAAAAGCGAAAAGCUGAAGAAAAACUAGAAAACUAUAGACAAAAGCUCCACAUGAAAAAACAAGCAAAUGAACAAGCUGCAGAUCAAUUCAGAAUAAGAUUCAAAAACAAACAAGAAGAACGUAAGAUGGAAGGAGACCUUCGAAAAAGUCAGAGGGCCUGCCAGCAAUUGGAUAUUCAGAAAGAUAUUGAAGCUCCCAAAGAGAUUUGGUAUUGGCUACAACCUGAAGAGGAAGACCAAAAGGAUGAAGACGACAAGGAUGAUGAGUGCACAGGCUCAGACUUAAGUGUAUCAGCAAAACUACAAAUCCUGACUGCCUAUUUAAGAGAAGAACACUUUUAUUGCAUUUGGUGUGGAACAACCUAUGAAGAUGCUGAGGAUUUGUCUUCAAACUGCCCUGGAGACAGUGCUGCGGAUCAUGACUAAACCUUUCUAAAGGUUUAGUCUAGGUUCUAGAUAAGUAUGUAUAGUUGGUAUGUUCUGACAUAUUUUCUUUUUUAGAAAAUUCAGCGCUGUGCCAGAACUCACAUAGAAGUAUGCAGAAGAACGGUAGUUUUGACAGGUUGAACUGUACAUUUCUGAAGUGUUUCUAUGGUGGUUUUUUUUUUUCUGGGUGAUGCACGAUUUAUUAGAAAUUAAACCUGUACAUGUGUUGUUGAGUUACUGGAAUUUCAAGUCAAGUAAAACUUCCACAGUCUUUGUUUAUGCCAUACCCAAUUGAGAAAGAUCAACUGAUAAUAAAAGUUUGACAAAGGGUAUAAAUAUGGACUAGUUACUCCAUGGUCAGGUAUGUUAAACAGGUUGGGGGGCUAAAUUUUUCAGGGGUAACUAAACAUCAGAGUUUAUUUUUUCUUACUGUCCUAGAGUUGGGGGGGAGGGGGAGGAGUGGGAAGCUUUUGAAAUGUCACUAAUAUUAUUUGAACUAAUAUUCUGUUAUGUGUGUUUACCAAAUUGUGGAGCGUGUUCCAUUUUUUAAAAAAAUAUAAAUAUAUUUUAAUAUGUUUUAUUCUUAGGGAAUAAAAAUUGCUACUGUAAAUAUCCACUAACAGAAAGGUACUAUGGAAAUGUACAAAUACCACAAAAAAUAAAAAUCUAUCAAAAACAACA